UAGUCGUUGAUCACGAAACACAAACAACUGUCCGAAACAAAAACCCUUCACACCCUAGAAAUUGACACUCUACCAGUUCCAAUCCCAGCAUCUCGCAAACGCUCUGUGGCAGUGAACACGAAUCGCCGUCAUUAGCAAUGUCGUGGUUAAGAUCUGCCGUCAACAAGGCCGUGGAGGUCGGGAACAAGAACAACCUUACUCGCACCGUCAAGAAUUACGCUGAUACGGUGGUCCAACAUGCCGGUCAAGCGGUAGCCGAGGGCGCUAAAAUCUUCCAAGACCGAAUCGGAGCUCGAAGUUUCAAAAGCUUUAAACUGACUGUUAAAAGAUUGGAAGAAGCAUCGAUUUCUGUCAGAGGUCCAGAAAGGAUACACUUAAUGAGAAGAUGGCUUGCUGCUCUGAAAGAAACUGAUAAACUAUCAGGUGGUUCUUUUGAAGAUGAUGAGAAGAAUCAUGAACAAAAUCAUCAUCCUGAAGAAGUAAAAGACAAUCAGAAAAAGCCAUCUCUAGUUCUGUAUUAUGACUCUGAUAUGGUGGGAGAUCCAAUGAACUUUCGUGAUGUUUUUCUCUAUAGUCAAGCUUUGGAGGGCAUCACAAUAUCUAUGAUUCUUGAACCACCAAGUGAGGAAGAGGUUUCUCUACUUCUGGAAUUUUUCGGUUGCUGUCUUACUGGAGGAAAAGAAGUUCAUAAUGCCAUAGUCAGCAGCAUUCAAGAUUUGGCAAAAGCUUUUUCAAGCUACAAAGAUGAAGUUUUGGUCAAACGUGAGGAAUUACUGCAGUUUGCACAAGGUGCAAUCACUGGGCUAAAAGUCAAUGCUGAGCUUCGAAGAAUAGAUGCUGAAGCCUCUAUACUGAAGGAGAAGCUUGAAGGAAUGGAAGCAGGUGGAGAACUUAUUGGUGAUGGGUAUGAAACAGCCUCCAAAGAAGCAACCAUUGCUACAAUAGAGGCUUUGAAGAAGGCUCUAGCCCAUAUUCGAGUUUGUUCUAAACUAGAAGGCCUUCUACUGAAAAAGAAGUUGCUUUAUGGUGGAGAAACUCCUGAGAUCCAUGAUCAAAAAGUGGAUAAAUUGAAAGUGUUAGCUGAGUCUCUUGUUAGCUCCUCCACAAAAGCUGAGAAGCGUAUUUCUGAUAACAGAGUUCAGAAAGAGGAGGCUUUAAAUUUCCGUGUGUCUAAAGCUGGUGAAGUUAGUGAAAUGGAGAAGGAGUUAGCUGCUGAGGCGGCAGGUCUUGAGAAACAAAGAAACGAGCUUGAAGCUGAAUUAAAAAGGGUCAACAUAUCAUUGGCAGCUGCUAAUGGACGCCUCCAAAAUGUUAGGGAAGAAAGGGAUCAAUUUUAUGAAGCUAAUGAUCAGCUUGUUGCUCACUUGAAAACAAAGGAAGAUGAGCUAGUGAAAUCCAUAGGGUCAUGUAAACAAGAAGUCAAUGUUUUAAACACUUGGGUCAACUUUUUAGAAGACACAUGGGUUCUUCAACGUGCUAAUACAGAAACUAAAGAGAAGCAAAUCAGCGAUGAUUUGGAAAAACAUGAGAGUUAUUUUGUGGAUUUGGUCACUAAGUUGCUUUCGGCUUAUGAGGAAGGAUUGAAGCCUUCUGUUGAUCGUAUCGAGAAAUAUGUCAAAAACUUGAAGAGCUUAAGUGAAGGAUCAGAUAAAGAUAAACCAUCUAAUGUGGAUAAAGAAGAUUCCAAAGUUAUAAAUCCUAGAAGAAGUCUGGAGGAGGAAUACCUGGACUAUGAAGCCAAGAUAAUUACAACAUUUAGUGUGGUGGAUAACAUGAAAGAACAAUUCUAUACUCAACAAGGGAAAACUUCAAGGAUAGAAAAUGCAAAAGUUAAGGAACUUUUUGACAAUAUUGAAAAGUUGAGGGUGAAAUUUGAUUCAAUCGAAAGACCAAAUCUAGAAAUGGAGAAUCCAGAGGAGAUAUUAGAAGAAGCUGAAACAAGCAACAAGGAAACUGAAACUACAUUGCCUUCAAAGGAAAAAACUGAACCACAGACACAGACGAAUGAGAAUGUGAAGGUGAAGUUGCCGGGUGGAAAGGGUGAUUCCGGAAGCGGUGAGGGGAUGGACGCGCAGUCGGAAUUGGAAAGGUUGGAAUCGGAAUUCGGGAAGGUGAAUCGGGAGUACACGGAGGAAGAGAUAGGUGAUUGGGAAUUUGAUGAGCUUGAAAAGGAAUUAAGCAAAUAGAAUGUUUUUAGGUUUACAAUAAUAAUUAUAAUAAAAGCAUAAAAUUAAAGAAAGAUUUGAG